AAUUGUUUCCCAUAUCUCUCUAUCUUUACCCGCAUAUGCCAAGUAGAGCCCCGACAAAAGAAGAAAGAGGAGACACGGCGAGACAAGUUAGGUGGAUGUGCUCGAGGUGGUGGUACACGACAGCUUUCCGGUGGCCGGAGUUCACUUUCUCUCCGAUGUGGUCGAUCUUCCGGUGGCCUGAAGUCAAUCUCUCCUACCUCACAACAGGGUGGAGCAUCGGGAACUUCAGCUGGUGGUUGUAUUCGACUGUAUUUGAUGACAUGUUAUGGACUGUUGUUACUGUGUUGGAGUCUGUGGCUUUGGUCGCCAUGCUCUGCUGCUUCUUUGUCUUCUGUGGCUGUACCCUUUGAAUUAUUCAUUUCUUAAAUAAAUAUAUAUAUAAUUUACUUCACUUCUGUGCACACAUAUAUAAUAUGGGUUAGAACUUAGGUCGCCAGGAAUUUCUGAUACCUAUCUGGUACCUGAUUUAGAGGAAAAUCUUAUAGUUCUUAA